AAGAUGAAGUUUGAGAAUGUGUUGGCAGAGGUCGGCGGCUUUGGGAGAUUCCAAUUAUUGAUGAUCCUUUUGAUGGUAAUUCCUCGUGUGACUUUGCCUUUUCACUUUCUGCUGAAUAAUUUCAUCGCAUUUAUUCCCUCUCACCACUGCGACAUCAGAUCUCUGGAUGAUGGAGAAGUUUUUAGUUAUUUACCUCAGGCAGAGAGGCUUGCUGUAAGUAUUCCAGUCCAGGCGGGCGGGACUCCAAACUCCUGUCAGAUGUUUGCAGAGCCUCAGUAUCAUCUGCUGCUAAACUCCUCCAACAUGACUGAACUACCCACAGUGCCAUGUCAGACUGGAUGGGUGUACUAUAACACCACCUUCAAGUCUACUCUGGCCACAGAGUGGGAUCUGGUUUGUGAUAAGAGAAGAGUGAACAAGGCCACGAUCACUAUCUUCUUCAUUGGGGUCAUGAUUGGAGCAGCAGUAUUUGGUUAUCUUAGUGACAGGAUUGGCAGGAAAACAACACUUCUAUUGUCCUACAUGACAACCACCUUCUUUGGAUUUGCAAGUGCUUUCUCAUAUAAUUUCGCCAUGUUUGCUGCCAUGAGGUUCUUGACUGGAUUUGGAAUUUCUGGAAUACAUAUUAUCGCCAUAGUCCUUUGUAUUGAAUGGACGGACAUCAAGCAUCGAACUGCAGUGAGCCUUUUAAUGAGCCUGGACACGAGUCUUGGUGCUGCUCUGCUACCUCUUGCGGCCUAUUUUGUGACUGACUGGAGGUACCUCACCGCCACAGGAACUGCCCCAUUGCUUCUGGCAAUGAUCUCCUGGUGGUGGAUCCCCGAGUCUGCCAGAUGGCUGAUAAAUAAUGGAAAGGUCAACAGUGCUCAUUUUUAUCUGAGCAAGUGUGCAAAAGUUAACGGCAGAGAGCAGUUCAUGACUGACAUAACGCCUGAGAUUCUGUCCAAAGCAAUACCUGUAGAAAAUGAAAAUAGAAAAUAUUCCUAUUUGGAUCUUGUGAGGACCCCCAAAAUGAGGAGACUGGCUCUGUUCACUGGAACUCUGUGGUUUGGAGUGGCCUGUACGUUUUACGGUAUCUGCAUGAAUAUCUCUGGAUUUGGUGUGAACAUUUAUCUCACACAGUUCAUCUACGCCGUGAUUGAACUUCCAGGAAAAGCAAUUAUCUUUUUCACUUUGAACAAAAUUGGCCGAAGGUGGAGUCAGGCUGGAAUGCUCUUUCUGACUGGACUGUGUCUAUUCUGCAACAUGUUUGUCCCUCAAGAUAUGGGGCCGUUUCGGGCAGCUGUGGGAGCUUUGGGCAAGAUGUUCGCAAUGGCAUCUUUUACAAUUGUAAAUUUGUACACAGCAGAGCUUUACCCCACAGUAAUGAGGCAAAAUGGAUUGGGUUACUGCUCCUUCAUAAGCCGUAUAGGGGUGUCUAUAUCCCCCCUGAUCAUGCUUCUUGAAGAGGUGUGGGGCCAUUUACCGAGUACUAUUUUCUCCGUGGUGGCUGUUGCUGCAGGGGUGUCAGCUUGUUUUCUUCCUGAGACACAUAAUAUCCGUCUACCAGAGACUAUUGAGGAUGUGGAACACACAAGAAAAAGAUCAAUCUCCACAUCUGACGAGAAAUUUCAAUCCUAAAUAUUUUCUUCAUUACAACGAAAAGGUCCAUAAGUUGAGUUGCAGGGCAUAUCAGUGUUGUUAAUUUGUUAAAAUAAUAAAAGAACAAACAAGCAAGUGUUUUUCAAAUAACCACAACCUUUAUAACCUUUUUUCAAUACAAUAUUUAAUAAAUGUGCUCAAAUAUUUUUACAGUACCAUUGAUUAAGGAUUGAUUUGUGGGGGUUGUUUUGGGUAUUUCUCUCUCACUUCCCGACAAUCUCUUAGCUGCUGAAGCAUUAAUUCAAUUUAAUUAAGAAGAAGAAGGGUUGCGUUUAAGAGUUCCAGACAGGGUAACUUAGAUUAUAGUUAGAUUUAGACAAGCCAGAUUCUCAGAGACAAGGCAUGGCAGGAUAUGUAUGUUUAAGGUGCAAGUAGUCACACAGUCUAUGGUCCAGUAAGGUGAAGUAUGGUAUGAUGGGUGUUAUGGAUAUUGUGGUAUUAAAGAAAUACAUGCAUGUAAUUUGUAUGAAAUGUAAUCUUAUAGUUUUGCAAUCUUUUAGAAAUCAGAAAUUAUAUGACCCUGUGUUAUCAGUUAUCACUCGGUUAUCUUUGUGUUAGAUUUCACCUAUGUGUUAGUUUUCUGUUUGUUUAGAUCCCCUGCUGUGGAGGAUGAUGAAACCUGGCAUGGACAGGUGUUUUAUGGUUGUCUUUACUACUUUAUAAGACUGUAUGUAACUCAGUGCAGGGUGCUCAUUCACUAGGAGUGACACCAUGCGUGCAUGCAUUAAAGAUCUUUAGGAGAAUUGAUA